GUUAUUGCGUGAUAUCUAGUCUGCUCUUUUGAGUUGUUUUGUGUGCACUCUUUUUCCGAUGCUAGUGCUACUUCCGGUAUUCUGCAUUGAGGUUAUUUGGUGUUUUCUGUCCAUCUCGAAUGUUAUGGUUAAUUCGACAUCUCUCGGUCCGCAUUGAGUAUGUGGUACGAUUCUCUUGGUUGGCUAGACUCUGUAGUAUUUGGGGUGCUGUGAAUCUUUUCUGGUACUCUGGUUCUCUUCGGCAGGCGCUCUAUGAUUAUAGGUUUAGGUGUGUUGUAUUAGCAUCUUUACACAAGGUAGUUUUUGUAGUUGUUAGUAUUAAGUUGGUUUUUGCUUCUUUUAGCUCCAUUAGGUUGUAAUAUUGCCUUUAUAUAUUUAUUUGAUAGUUCUUUUGUCAAAAAAAAAAAAAAAAAAAGGGUCCCAUGUUCUUGGAUUACUCCGACUCAUUAAUUGGCCACGAAAGCCUAACAUUGUCAGCUUUUGUAUUUUUUUUUUUUUUGACUUGUUUUGUUUUUUAAGUUAUUCUUGUAGUGAGCUUUUGUAUUUUUCUUUUUGACUUGUUUUGUAUUUUUUAAGUUAUUCUUGUUUUUUUCUUUAAAAAAAAUAAAAUAAAAAAGCUGUUAUGGUAGGAGUCUAAGAGGAGAGGGUGGAUCGUGCCUUCAUAUUAUGGGAAACCUUUAUGAGUGAGGGAUAGAUCAAGUGAUUUGAGCUCUUCUCCCGAAUAAAUUUUGAAAUCGACUCUUAUCACCUACCCUUAUUAUUAUGGCUCUCUAAACAUCAACUAAAAAAUAAAAAAUUAUUAGAUGCCUUUCUAUUAUCGAAUUUAAAAAAGCAAAAAAGAAAAAUGUGAUACAAAGUCCAUCCUUGGCGAUCCCUCCCAAUCGAAGCCAAUGAGCAGGCUACAUUCUAACUUCUUCUCUUCUCUCAAGCAAGUUGAGAAAAGGUUGAAACUUGAACAACCAAAUUCUACGCUUUCUCAAACUCCAGAAAUCAAUACUUCUACAACAGAAUCUCUCUCUUCCCCAAUUUAUCUUCAUAAUAAUACCACUCAACUUCAUCGUCAAUCUUCAAAUCUUAAAGAAGGAGAAGAAGACAGUGAGACACCACUUCAAUUUCUCUCAAAUUCAUCAGAUUUCCCGCCAACCCAUGAAGCAGAAUCAUUGCUAGAAAAACCCCUUUUGAUCAAUCCACCUGAAACCCUCCAAGAAGAAAUUACAGAUUUUGAUGAAAUUGGAUUGUUAAUUGAACUUCUAGGGUUAGGGUUAUCUGAUUGUGACUCAAAUUCUGAUUAUGAAUUGGAAACUUGUGAUUCUUGUCAUUGUGGUAGUGGGUUUUUCGGGAAGAUUGCUGGGGUGAAGGGUCCCAAAUGUAAGAAGGAAAUGGAGAGAUUAGAAGGGUGGAUUAGUUAUUUUAGAAAGGAAAAGAUUGAACCUUUUAGAUUGGCUCAUUUGCUAUUAGGAAAGGCUGCUUUUGUUCAUGGUAAUGGUGAUGGUGAGGGUUUUGAUGGGAUUGAGUUUCCUUCCACGAUUGAUGAGUUCUUGCGGCGCGAUCCCCCGGCUGCCUGAGGAUGAGACUUGAUUGGACUGAGGUGAUGGAUUAAUGGGUAUAUGAAUGAACUGUUUAUUGUGUAUGUGGUUGUGGCCGGAUGUCGGGCGAUGAAUUGAGGCGAAACGAGUUUGUGCCAUCCGAAUCAUUUUAGUAAGAGGUCAAUUUUUUAUUGGAGUUCAAGACAAGACUAUUUCAAGAAUUUCUUCUGUGAUUUAUGCAUCUUUAGUAAUUUUUGAAGCUAGAGCGGGGCUAUAACUUGAAGCUGCUUGUCCUGUGCUAUGGCCCUUUCUACAAUACUCAUGUUUUAAGGUGAUUGGGAAUCCACCGUCUUCUGCAACUUCCAAGGUAUAUGAAUCUUUGAUAUGAUAUGAGCUUGUGUGGUUAUUACAGUAUUACACGAUUUACACCGAAGCUGGAUCUAUCUGCUUCCGUAAUUAGAGUCAUCAUAUGUCGUGCAAACUCUGAAGAAUCUAAAUUUUUACUUCAGUAGAUAAUGAUUAGUGGCAAUACCAUUUCAGUAGCAUUUUUUCUAGAACAAUGUAUUCAAUUAUGCGUUAAUUACAAUUUCAAAAUGGUUUGUAUGAUUUUCAUAGGAAUAUUGAUUCUUUGGCUGUUUCUUUAUUGAUAAAUUCUCUGAUCUGAAAUAAAUGUACGAGUGACUUGUUAAAAUGUUGGGCAAAAAUAUUUAUCACUCACUCGCAGUUAGUUAAUGGUUACUUGAUGAGCAAAGAUUUAGUUAGAACCGAAGACUAAGCAUUGUCUGGUUCUGUAUUGC